CGUGCGGCAUGACACUAAUGGCGCUCGCUCAGAUAAAGAAUUCCUCGUUUUUUGGACAUCUUAAUCGAGCUUUUACAAUAAACGCACAGUUUCGCAGACGUCGGGAUGUUGGCGGAUGAACACAGUGCUGCAUGCAUCCCUCCUUGGGAUUUGGGUUGCAAAUCCCACCGCAUUCCCAAGAGCUUCGAUUGCGGACAAUGAGCGUUGACGAUAUAUGACGUGGAUGAAUGGAAGGUCAGGCUGGACUUCUUCUUCUUCUUCUUCUUCGUCGUAUUUACAACGUUUCUUUGUUUUAAAUGUGCUACUAGGAUGCAUGUAGCAUUCCUGUAGAUGCUAGCCUUACUAUGGACUUUCCGGGUCACUUCCAGCAUAUUUUCCAGCAGCUGAACCUCCAGCGUCUCCAUGCCCGACUCUGUGACUGUGUGGUGGAGGUUGGAGCCCACAAGUUCCACGCUCAUCGUUCCAUCCUGGCGGCAUCCAGCUCCCACUUCAAGGCUCUUCUCAUCUCCGGUGAUGAUUCCGGUGCACAUUGGGUCAUGGAUAAAGGUGUGGGUACCAGUGUGAUUGCGCUCGAUGCAGAAGUGGUGACCCCUGAGGCCUUCUCGACUCUUCUAGAUAUGAUCUACACAUCCAAUCUCUCACUCACGGCGUCCAAUGUGAUGGAUGUGCUGCUGGCCGCCUCGCAUCUGCAUCUUAACGCUGUAGUGAAGGCGUGCAAGAUUCACUUGUCCAGCAAAAACUUCCCAUCUUCUGCACCUAAAGGCUGGAGGUCAAUGCCGCAGCAGGAACUUCACGACGGAGGUGUGGAGGUGAGCCAAUCAGGUGAAGAGUCCUCAGAGCAGAAGAGAAAGCCUCAAGAGGAGAGACUUAGUGACAGGAAGAGAACCUGCAGAAUUUCUGGAAAUAACCAAUGUUCUCCAACUGUGACCAGAAACACACUCAUCACCGAGGAACAAGGAGAAGAUCUUAAAAUGUGGCAGGGACGAUUAGAUGACGUGGAGGAGAAAUACGAUGCAACCAUGUCUGACUUGGAGGAGAUCCAGCUUCCCAGCCAGUCACACAGCAGCGUGCGUGAACCAGUGAAAGUGAAGCUCGGAGAUGACGAAGACGAAGAGCCCAAGAUGGAGACAGUGGAGGUGAAAGAAGAAACCACGACCACCUCAUCUCCUGAUAUUUCACCAUCGUGUCUUCUUCAACAAGGAAACGGUGAUAAAUUAAGCAGUCCAGAAGAUAGCGACGUGAGCAGUUUACAAACGCGACUCUGCUCGGAGCUUCCUGAAAACGAAGAUGAAGACGAGGGUAUCGACGGCCUGUCUGAACUCGCUCUUUCCUGCUUCCUCAAUCCUGACAGCCACGCGGUAGCUAUGGAUGAAGAAGAUAGCUUUGCACGUCUCACAGCAGCUGCUACUGCAGCCGCCACCGCCGCCAGUGACGGUUCUGACCAACAUGGUCCCAACGCUUCCGAUCCAACUCUCCUUUUCCCGGUAACAUCCGUCCCUUUGCAACCGUUACUCCAAACACAGAAUCCAGGUUUUAGCGACACGCUCAUUCUCCGACCUGCACACAACUCCUUAACAGGGUUCCUCAGCUUGGAACCUUCCAAGCCCACAAAAGUACGCACGGGAUCAAGCGCAACGGCUUUCCGCCGCAUCGCUCCGAAAGUAGUACCUGGAUCAGAAGAUCCCUCAGCGGCGUCAUCUUCUGGUCCAGAUGAUAAAGCACCUCUGACAAGAGCUUCAGAGGACGUGCUAUCAAAGUGUAAGAAAGCAGCAGCCGAAGACAACGUGCUCCUGGUGGAAGGGGAGAAGAAGUACGCCUGUAAAAUCUGCUCCAAGACGUUCAUGAACCUGACAGACUGUAAGAAACAUAUUCGUGUCCACACGGGAGAAAAACCUUAUCCGUGUCCCAAGUGUGGGAAACGAUUCAGUCAGUCAUCCCAUUUGUACAAGCACUCCAAGAAUUCCUCCUGCGUGAACUGGAAAGAUGAUUCCAUCAAAGGCACUGGACACUGACUUAAACCAGAAAAAUUAUUUUUUUUAACAAAAGUGAUAUUUAUGAACUACCAUGAAAAAAAAUAUGUUACUGUAUGUGGAUUGUACCAUUGUACUAUUUUAAUUAAUACAGUAUCUCACAAAUGCAAAUACUCCCCUACCAUUUCAGCAGGCAUUUUUUAUUACAAUGUAUCAAUGGACAAUACUUUAAAAUUUUACUUUUUUUCCUUAAAAAAAUAAUAUAAUUUUUUUUUUUAAAUGCAAUUUUACUUUUUUUUCUUAAAAAAAUUCUAAAAUGAAAAAAUAAUAAAUUGAAAUUUUACUUUUUUUUUUAAAUAAAAUAAAAAAUAAACAGUAUAUAGUAACUUGUAUUGCACUCUCAAUGUACUAUACAUUAGAUCAGGGGUCUCAAACACGCGGCCCGCCGGCCAAAUGUGGCCCGCAGGACACUAGUUUGAGGCCCCCGCCUUGAUAUGAAAGUUUAAUGUUAGUGCGGCCCCGCGCAAGUUUGAUAUGGAUGCUGUAUGGCAGGGGUCUCAAACACGCGGCCCGCGGGGACACUAGUUUGAGGCCCCCGCCUUGAUAUGAAAGUUUAAUGUUAGUGCGGCCCCGCGCAAGUUUGAUAUAGAUGCUGUAUGGCAGGGGUCUCAAACACGCGGCCCGCGGGCCAAAUGCAGCCCGCAGGACACUAGUUUGAGGCCCCCGCCUUGAUAUGAAAGUUUAAUGUUAGUGCGGCCCGCGCAAGUUUGAUAUGGAUACUGUAUGGCAGGGGUCUCAAACACGCGGCCCGUGAGCCAAAUGCGGCCCGCAGGACACUACUUUGAGGCCCCCGCCUUGAUAUGAAAGUUUAAUGUUCGUGCGGCCCGCGCAAGUUUGAUAUGGAUGCUGUAUGGUAUCAUGUACCCAGAAAAAAUUAUUACGUUUGAUUCAUGUUCUUGUUAAAGGUUAAAUAACUGUUAAUAGUUAUCCUCCCUAUCCGUGUGGAAGUGGUAAGUUUUUGGCUAUUUAAGUUGAAAGGAAAUAACUUGAAGGCUACCGUUUAGGUCGCUAGCUCUCUAGUUUGCGAGUUAGCAUGUGUCUCAAGACCCUGCAGUUGCGCAAUAUGUUGUAAAUAAAAAGAGUAUAAAUGUGACUAUAGUCGUGUUUUGUCAUGUCUACAGGGCUCUAAUAAUGCUUUAAUUUUAAUCUGAAAAAAUAAUUUGUCUACCCACUUAAGAUGCGAGCUAUUUCGACAAUAAUGGCUGCAUGUUGACUCUAUUGCUUUCCAAGCUUUACACUGACUAUUCUAAGUUAUAUUCAAGUUUCAUUUAAUAGUAUUGUCCCUUCAGAAGAUGUAAUAAAAUGAUUGCUGAAUUGUGAGAGCUGCACUCUAUUGUGAUACACUGUAUAUGAAAUUAAAGUUUUCCACUCUUGAUGAAGAAUGUUUUAAAAGUAUGAGGAAGAAACUUUAAAUCUAUACUAUAACUUUUAUUCUUUGUUGUGUAGGCCAUAACUUCCAUUUAGCAAACAAUAAGUAGGCAAUAAGUUUAUGCAACAAUAGCUUUGUUAAGAAUAAUGUAGGAAGUCCAGGGUUCAAUUCCACCAUCGGCCAUCUCUGUGUGGAGUUUGCAUGUUCUCCCCGUGCAUGCGUGGGUUUUCUCCGGGUACUCCGGUUUCCUCCCACAUUCCAAAAACAUGCUAGGUUAAUUAGCGACUCCAAAUUGUCCAUAGGUAUGAAUGUGAGUGUGAAUGGUUGUUUGUCUAUAUGUGCCCUGUGAUUGGCUGGCGACCAGUCCAGGGUGUACCCCGCCUCUCGCCCGAAGACACCUGGGAUAGGCUCCAGCGCCCCCGCGACCCUCGUGAGGAUAAACGGUAGAAAAUGAAUGAAUGAAUGUGUUCUCCUCCUAUUUUGUGUGGAAGUGGUAACUUUUUGGCUUCUUAUUUUGUCUUUCCCCACCCUCUAAGUCCAAAGUCAUCAAAAUUGUGACUUAAGUCAGUCUCAAAGCCAAACCUCUGCCCAUUAGUGAAUGUUUACUACAUAUUCUAUCUACUGUACCAUCCAAGUAGAACCGCAACAGCGGGACCACAUCCUUCAUUUCAUCUUCUAGAGCUUAAGUUCACUGGGCAUUUCUGUGCCCUGUAGACCCCCCAGCAGGUUUCGAGCUGCCAAGGUAGCCAUGACGCCUCUCGUGGAGUAGUUGGCGCUGCCGAUGUGUGGCAACACCACUGCACAAAGCCAAAGAAUUCGGAAAGUAGUACUGACCAAGACAGGAAGUGAACACAGAUGUAGAGUAUCUAGUUGUAACUGUCCUUCGUACUCACCGCAGUUUUUGAGCGUCAGAAGAGGGUGGUCUGUGGGUAGCGGCUCAGGUGUUGUUACAUCCAGGCCGGCGGCUGCAAUUUGGCCGCUUUUAAGAGCCUCGUAUAGAUCCUCCUGGUUCACGACAGCCCCCCUUGAGAGUCAAAGCACAAUGGUAAUGGUUUAAUUUCAUUUGAACAUGCAUCAGAUUACAAUUGAAUGCAUCACAUAAUCAGUUCACAGUUCCACAUGUCCAAAAGG